UAUCGUAAUAUUCGAAAAUUUCAUUGAAAACCAAUUUCUAUAGAAGCGAUAACAAGGCACGUGAAUAAUAAAAUAUGUUGUGCUAAAACAAUUUUCCCUAAGCAUUAUGGAUUGCACCAGUUCUAACUUUUUGUUAUAACGAAGAAAUGAAAAUAAUUGUAGUUUUUUGUGUAAUUAAAUUUGCAUGGACGUUAGGCAAUAGUUAUAAUUAUGAGAAAAAGAGCUACGGUUUGGGAAGACGUGUUUACCCUCGAAUAAACCCAUCCCACGUGAAGUAUCUUCCAAUGUUCGACACCGCGCUGCGCCCAAGCCCCCUCCCCCCUCCAAAGAGGAACCUUUUCUCUGGCACCAACUACCAUAACCUAACACAAGGAUUCCACAUAACGGGCAAUACGCGGGUGUAUAGUAAGGUGUUCGAUUAUCCAGAGAGGGAGCAGGGGCAGCAAGCGUUUUUUAGAGGGGAUUAUAAUUGCAUUCUGAGCAGGCUGGCAGUGGAUACUGGCGGGUGUCUCCCAACGCUGCUGCGCGGGGGCGUGGGCUACCGGUACUUCCUUGUGCUCGUGCGGGCACCGAGCGGACACCGGAUGAAAGGGCGCGUGCGUGCGUGGUGCAGGAACACCAGCGACGAGUAUGCGACGGUUUGGUAGCUUACAUGUGAUAAAUAGAAUUGAUUUAUUUAU